GGUAGAGCUGGCUGCUGAGCAGUUCUUGGCUCACACUCUCCCACUGCUUUUGCUCUGUGCUGUAUUGUGCGUUGUCUGCACUUGUAGCUGUUGUAUGACAGCCAAUCCCUCCAAAAAGGGGUAUUUUACCUCAGCCUCUGUUGGUGGAGCAGUGCAAAACAGCUGGAGUGUGCUUAUGGACUUGACAUUUAAUGGACUUUUUGACUGAAGAAGUCCUGAAGAUUGAUGGAGGGCCAUGCUAUUCAAACAGCAGGUGUUGCUGAGACAGAAGCUCUUUGUGCUAGGCAGCCUUGCUAUAGGAAGUCUCCUAUAUCUAGUUGCCAGAGUUGGGAGCUUGGAUAGACUGCAGCCCCUCUGCCCCAUCGAUGGUCGAUUUGGACCCCGCAGCCAGGAUGAAAUCCCGCUGCGAGCUCUGCAGUUCAAGCGAGGGCUACUCCACGAGUUCCGUAAGGGCAAUGCCACAAAGGAGCAAAUACAACUGCACAAUCUGGUUCAGCAGCUUCCCAAGGCCAUCAUCAUUGGGGUGCGGAAAGGAGGCACACGUGCACUGUUAGAGAUGUUGAAUCUUCACCCUGCAGUGGUCAAAGCUUCUCAAGAGAUUCAUUUCUUUGACAACGAUGAGAACUAUGCCAAGGGGAUUGAGUGGUACCGGAAAAAAAUGCCUUUUUCUUACCCUCAUCAAAUAACAAUUGAGAAAAGCCCUGCAUACUUUAUCACUGAGGAAGUACCUGAAAGGAUUUACAAAAUGAACUCGUCUAUCAAAUUAUUGAUCAUUGUCAGGGAACCCACCACAAGAGCUAUUUCUGAUUACACUCAGGUGCUGGAAGGCAAGGAAAGAAAGAACAAAACUUACUACAAAUUUGAAAAGCUGGCUAUUGAUCCUAAUACCUGUGAAGUGAACACUAAGUAUAAGGCAGUAAGAACCAGCAUCUACACAAAACACCUGGAGAGAUGGUUAAAAUAUUUCCCAAUUGAGCAGUUUCAUAUCGUAGAUGGAGACCGGCUCAUCACAGAACCACUGCCGGAACUCCAGCUGGUCGAGAAGUUCCUAAAUCUUCCUCCAAGGAUAAGUCAGUACAAUUUAUACUUCAAUGCCACCAGAGGGUUUUAUUGCUUGCGAUUUAACAUUGUCUUUAAUAAGUGCCUGGCAGGUAGCAAGGGACGCAUUCAUCCAGAGGUGGACACCUCUGUCAUUACCAAAUUGCGCAAGUUCUUUCAUCCUUUUAAUCAAAAAUUUUACCAGAUCACUGGGAGGACAUUUAACUGGCCCUGACCUAAACUUCAUACAACAUUUUCGGAUGCAUCUGAGACAUGCAGUAAUGUCUCUGCUAAAAUAUGCACUUUUCACAGACAUAGUAUCAAAGUAACAUUUUUCAUGCAUACGUGUACAUAUGCAGUGUGUGACCAAAUAUACAGUGGGAUCAAUUUUUUCUACGGAAUAAUAACAUUAAUUUACCGUCAGCAUAGUUGCAUCUUUUGAGAUAUACUAAUAAAGGACAAAGUGGUACUUAGGGAAAUAAAGUCAGACACCAUUAAAAGGGUCAGUGUUCCUCUUGCUUGAAGUGUUUAUGUGACAUACUUAUUGAUCUAAGCAGAAUGUUAGUUUAUGUCAUACAAAUUCAUGUCAAAAGUCUGUGAAGCUGUAAGAAAGCAUAAUAUUCAGGCUAUAUUUGGUAUGUGUAUUGCUGAAGGAAUACUGACACUUUAAAUACCAUACUGAAUUUUUACAAUGAGAGUGGAUAGUACUAUUUUCUUAUUAUUUGAAAUUAAUAUUUAAUUAAACAACAUUGGUUCGGGGUUCCUGUGGUGAGUUUGCACUAUUGUUUUAUUGUAUGGACCAUGGUGUCACUUGUAGCAUGUCAAUCAUGUGUCAAUAAAAAUCAAAUAACUUUUUCUUCUCUGGUUGAGUAUUGACAAAGACAAACAUCGUGUACAUAGUGUACAAUGUUUGUAAAUACUGGUUUCACACUAAGUAAUUCUAUUUUGUAAACUGAA